AUUGGGAAUCAAACGUACAAUCUAUUGAAUUAAGUGAUCAAGCUAUUAAAGACCCAGUAAAUCCUGAUUUUCAAACCCAUGCACCAUUGUCAGAUAUUCAAAUUAACUCUGUUACUCCAAGUCGUCCUGGUAUUUAUGGUCCUGGAAACCCUCAUCCUAAUGCAUUCAAAAAAAAUCCAACACUUGGGGGCCGUCAACUCUUGAAAAAGAAAAAGAAAAAUUCGCAAAAUUCACAAAUUAUUAAUAAUUAUUAUAUUUCUGCCAGUACU